GCCCUUCGCAGCCCGCGGCGGCCGCCAGGUUGUUCCUCAGACUGUCAGAUAAAGCAGCGGCCCGGCCAGUGGGGCGGCGGAGAGCACGGCCCGGGCCGGACAUGGCGGCUCUCUACGCCUGCACCAAGUGCCACCAGCGCUUCCCCUUCGAGGCGCUGUCUCAGGGGCAGCAGCUGUGCAAGGAAUGUCGGAUUGCUCACCCUGUUGUGAAGUGCACCUACUGCAGGACCGAAUACCAGCAGGAGAGUAAAACCAAUACAAUAUGCAAGAAAUGUGCUCAGAAUGUGCAGUUGUAUGGAACACCCAAGCCUUGUCAGUAUUGCAACAUAAUUGCAGCUUUUAUUGGCAAUAAAUGCCAGCGCUGCACAAAUUCAGAGAAAAAGUAUGGACCACCUUAUUCCUGUGAGCAGUGUAAGCAGCAGUGCGCAUUUGACAGGAAGGACGACAGGAAGAAGGUAGAUGGGAAGUUGCUGUGCUGGCUGUGCACACUCUCAUAUAAGCGUGUCCUUCAGAAAACCAAAGAGCAGAGGAAACACCUGAGCAGUUCUCGUGCCAGCCAUCAGGAGAAGGAGCAGUACAGCCGCCUAAGUGCUGGCAGCCACUAUAAUAGCCAGAAAACGCUUUCUACAUCUUCACUUCAAAAUGAAAUCCCAAAGAAAAAAUCCAAGUUUGAGUCAAUCACAACUAAUGGAGACAGCGAUGCUUCCUCUCAUGAGCUGCUUUGUCCUAAUAUCCAGAGCCCGUCUGUGUUGGUGCAGUGGGCUGCUUCCCAACAGAGUCUUGGAACCAACCAUUUUCCUGUUCCUCCAGGCCCAGGCAUCCUGAACUUUUCCCCAGACUUGGCUCUGGACUCGCCAGGCACUGACCACUUUGUCAUCAUUGCCCAACUGAAGGAAGAAGUGGCUACUCUGAAGAAGAUGCUGCAUCAAAAGGAUCAGAUGAUCCUAGAGAAAGAGAAGAAGAUUACAGAGCUGAAGGCUGAUUUUCAGUACCAGGAAUCCCAGAUGAGGGCCAAAAUGAACCAGAUGGAGAAAGCCCACAAAGAAGCCACAGAGCAAUUGCAGGCCAAAAACCGAGAGCUCCUGAAGCAGGCAGCCGCCUUGUCCAAGAGCAAGAAAUCUGAGAAGUCAGGCGCUAUAACCUCUCCAUGACAGACCAAAGGAGGCUCCCAGCAACAGCAGACAGUUGUUCUGGGUUAGGGUUGGCGCUAGCUGUUCUCUGGGAAUUGCAAGGUUUCUUACAAAAUCUCUAUUUUAUUAUAAUUAUCCUCCUUCGGUCGAAUGUAGUGGGCUGAGUGAGAACAUCUGGUUGUGGUGUGUUAAGACUGCAUGCUGAGUGUUUGGGGUUUCAGGCCAGUUCUUCCCUCUCUUCCUUAUCUUCCCUCAUCUUCCUCUUCACUCCUUUUCUCCUGUUCUAGCCUCCUCCUCUUCCUCUCCUCCCUCCCUCUACUCCCUCUGUCUCUUUUGGUACUCUGUUUUCUGUGGUGGUCACUGCUUAGUGUUGUGUGCAGAAUGUUUUCUCUCCAUCGUUGCAUCCUGCCAUACCCAUGAACAGUCUGGCAUCAACUGUGUCUCACUGCCACCCUCUGAACUUUGAAAACUGCCACCUUAAGACUGUACAGGGAGAGAGGCUUUCUCUCUCCAAUAAAUCUCUGCUUCAGGGUGUACUCUUGGGUUUUUUCCAGGUGUAUUAUGUACGAACUUUGUACUAUAUAGACAGAGUUUUAUUUAUUUUUUAAAAAAAGGAAACUUUUUCUUGAUAAAGGAAUAAUGGUAGCCUAGCUAAUUCUUGUAAAUGCGAUCCCUCUUGGAAAAAUAAAACAAAAUCAGUCCUGUUUGCUAGCUUUUAGUAAAGAAUCGGGUCUUUUCUUUGUUGUUACCUUGGAGUCUUAAAAACUGAUUGCUAAGGUAAAGUGUUUGAUGUGUAAGGAUGGAGUUAAGUGCCUUUUGGAGGAUUUUGUGGAAACGUUUGAGGAGAGACUGAGGAAGGUUGCAAAGAUUUGAACAAUCUGUCCUUUUAAAUGAGGGCAGAAAGAAAGGUUGUCCAGGUUGUACUGGACACUGCCUCCUCUACCCUCCUUGUUCUUUUCUGCAACUGAUUUUAAAUUCCCACACUGCCACUUUUUGUAAAAUGCGUGCCCUUCUCUUGCUUAUGCCAGCUGUCAUGUCAGGCCGUUGUCAGAACACGUUUUUUUUUUUUACAGGAGCAGAUUCAAUUGAGAUAAUAUGAACUCUAGAGCGCUUCUUGGGGUUAGUAUGGGCUGCUCAGGUGCAGGCUGAAAGCUAACUGGGGGAAGCAUCACUGUGCUUUCUUCCCACUCCUUGCCCUGCCCUGUGCACUCCCUGCUUUAAUGGAAAUGUUUAGGAAACAAGCACUUCUUGAAAGUGGCUGGGCCAGCGUUGUAUGGAACCUGUUGACCUGUAGGCACAUGGAAAGGGGCAUAAGUUCGCAUUGCUCUCUGCACUGUCCACGGGAUAUUUACGAAAGAAACUAGAGACGUGUGAUAUCUGCCAUGGCACAGGACAAAACUACCCUGAAAUCAUUCAUGCAGGCAGGUACUGAGUUACGAGCUAUCAUGAAGGCAGGUGACAUUUGUACCUCAGGCCUCUGACACUGUAACAGUCACUUCACCUUGUUAGAAGCAAACGGUCUGUAAUUGGUGAUUGUUCUCAGAAGAGGAGCCGCACAGAGUUGGACAGAGGCGGCAGUGAGGGGCUUCUCCCUGAUAGGAGAUAUGAUGGACCAUGUUGCUUAUAUAUUACCCCAGUUUGGGAUGUCAUUUUCCCUUCUCAGCAAGGGAAGCUGCCGUGCUAAAUAGUUUUGUAACUUUUUGAAUGAGAAACUUUUAGGUAAAGAUAAACUGUUACAAUAUUUUUCAGAUGCAUUUGUGUUGGCUAUGGGAAAAGAUGGUAGAAAAAAACAAGUCAUGGUUUUUGAAAAAAAAAUUUAAAGACUGAGAAAUUCUGUUAAAUGUGACAAUAUAAAAACAUUCAUUUAGUUUUAUACUAAAUCUUUUUUUAAGGUCUUCAGCAUUUAAUAUAAAGCAAACCCACACGUUUUCUAACUUUACCAUGCAUUCCUAAAUGGGAAAGAAGAACCCUCAGUCUUGAAAUUUUGAUUUAAAAAAAAAAAUCAUGAUAGCGUUUCACCGUGAAAUUGAGUAGCUAACUUUUGGUAACACCUUUUGUUUCUUUGUAUGUUUGUAAUAAUGGACAUUUUAAAAUACAGGAAUGUUUUGGUUUGUACAGACUUUGACAAUGUGUGUUAAUAAAAAUUCAUAUUGACUCAAGUAUAA